AUGGAUCGUAUAAAAAGCUCAAGAAUUUUACCGGAGUUUCAGCAGAUGACGAUACCAGUUUUAUUGAAGCGGAUUAUGAAUGGUGGGACGACCGCAAAAAGAGAACGUUUCAAGGCUUUGGAAUGUCGCCAUGGUGAUCCUCCAAGUGCCAACCCAGAGCAAAACAUCACAAGCACAACCAUGGAGAAUCAUAAGGAAUAUGGUAUCCCAUCUAAUUUAGAACUAAUGUCAUUGUUUGAACAAAUAGGAUACAAACGUGGAUUUAGGAAUAUUGGUGGUGAUGGGGGGGGGGGGAUCAAGUGA